AUGAGUAGUACGAAAGUAUAGCCUUUAAGCAAUACGAAUAUACCAGACGAUGAUCAGAAAUAGCAUCAUGAUGCUAAAGAUUCGCAUAAGCUUGACUUGCCAAAGGAUGAGCUGAUGAAUGGGCCAGUUAUGAAUAGAUCAUGCACUGAUGUUAUCUGCUGUCUUCUUUUCUUAGCCUUUUGCGUCGGAAUGGCUGGAACUGCUGCAUAUGGAUUCAUUAAUGGCGAUCCAAUGUUACUUCUAACUGGCUGGGACUAUGACAAAAACGGUUGUGGUUAUAAUACUACCACUAAGGAUUAUCCAUAUCUGUACUGGCCCGCUCCAGAUGCAUCAGCUAUCUCUAGUAAUUACUACGAGGCAUUCAGAUAUUCUAUGUGUGUCAAAGAAUGUCCAACCAAGAAUUCUUCGUAAGCAGUACUUUGCAAAGAACCAAAAUUCUUCCAAGAAAAAAGUCUUUAGUUCUCAUCAUGCUAAUACUAUCCAUCAGCUUACUCGAGUAAUGGAGUCGUAUAUAAGGGUGACCCAUUGAGAUAUGGAACUUAGAAAAGUAAACUCAUUACAUUUAUUUUCAACAUUAAUAUAGUCCUAAACAAGUACUGCAUUCCAGAUACUGAAGCAAUGAAGGAUACUGCUAUCAAGACAUUCAAAGAGAGAUUCUAUGAUACAUAUAAUAUCGAUAAAUUUACAGAUUAUGUGAUGGAUUUAGUUAAUUGCUGGCAAGUUAUGUUAAUUUGUGUUGGAGCUGCAUUUAUCAUAGGAAUGCUUUACUUAGUUAUAUUAAGAUGCUGUGCUGGAGUGAUAGUUUGGACAACAAUAUUUGGUAUUUUAGCAGUUUUAGGUGGAGGCGGAUAUUGGGCCUACAGAACAAAAGAUGACUAUGACACUUCUGAUGGUAACUACAAAUAUUUGUAAUAUGGUGCAUACGCUCUUUGGGGUAUUGCUGGUGCCUUCCUACUCUUGAUUUUCUGCUGUUGUGGAAGAAUUAGAUUAGCAGUUGCAAUUAUGAAGGUUACAGGUCAAUUCAUUUAUAACACUCCAACUGUACUUCUGAUUCCAAUUAUUUUCUUGAUAAUUUGCGCUGCUUGGGUUGCAGCAUGGGUUUUCACUGCAGUAUAUAUUUUCUCAGUUGGUGACAUCUAACCAAGAGAAGCACCAUUGACAUUUGUAACUACUGUUAAAUGGGGUAAAGAAACUAGAUAUAUAUUCCUAUAUCAUUUGUUUGGAGGUCUCUGGGUCAAUGCUUUCAUUAUUGGUUGCUCAUAAUUUAUUAUAGCAGCAGCUUGCUGUGUUUGGUAUUUCUCUUUCACAAGUGAUACUGCAGGAAAAGGUUCUCUAUGCACAGGUAUUAAGUGGAUCUUUAGAUAUCACUUUGGUUCAAUUGCCUUUGGAAGUUUCAUCAUAGCCCUAGUUUAGUUCAUCAGAAUAAUCUUCGAAUACUACAGAAAGAAGCUCUAGGCUGCCAACAAGGACAACCCAGUUGUGAAGUUCCUCUUAUGUUGCACCGGAUAUUGUCUAAGUUGCCUUGAGCGAUGUGUUAAGUUUAUUACAAAGAACGCUUACAUUUAAGUUGCUUUAACCAGCAAAAACUUCUGUAGAUCUGCUUGGAACGGAUUCUUGUUGGUAGUAAGAAAUGCCUUGAGAUUUGGAUUUGUUCAUUCUCUUGGUGGAAUUUUCAUGUUCCUUGGUCGUUUGUUUAUUAUUUGCUGCACAGUUUUAUGUUGCUACGUAAUGUUGAUGCAAUGGCCUUACUUCCACGAGAGAAUUUCAUCGCCUUAUUUCCCUUGCAUCGUUGCUGGUAUUAUCGGUUUCCUUAUUGGAGCUAUAUUCAUGAGUGUAUUCUCAUUUGCCUCUGACACAGUGUUAUAAUGCUUCUUCUUGGAUGAAGAAUUAGGUGACGAUGGCAAAGGCAGACCUCCUGGAAACAGACCACCUCUUAUGAAUGACUUUAUUGAAAGAGCUAAAGGAGGAAAGAGGUGUUGCUGCUGUUGA